AGUUUUCGGUUUUUUUUGGGUACCGCGAACGAGACGUUUUCCGUUUGGUUGCUGAGAAAAUGGGAGGAAAAGUAGCUCUGCCUUCUCCAGAGUAUCCAACUACGGUUUCCCUUGACAUUGCCAUAUUAUUUCCUCAUCUGAAAGAAGUAUCUGCUUUCCGGAGAGCCUUCAGAUUCAGAAUACUGAUUGUGCUGCGGAGAUCUGUUUUGAAGACCACUUCUGCAACGGUUUCUUCCUCGGGUGAAAACAUUAAAGGGAAAGGGUUGAUGAUCUCUUGAAAUUUUUCUUUAUCUAUCUUUGGGGUGGGAUGAGGGAAGAGGGAUAUUUCCACACUUUUGCUGUUCUAGUCCAAUGAUAAUAAAAUACAGAUAUUGCU